AUGUCGUCUGGUUCCUCCAACACACCCACCGCGAAGAUGCAACCUACUCAGAAGACCGAAGUCGACCCUGCACAGGCUUCCAAGCCCACAUCAAAUCCACAGCCUACACUCUUGGAAGAAGAUGACGAGUUCGAAGAUUUCCCAGUCGAAGACUGGGCACAAGAAGACACCGACGUGCCGGGCGGCACAACCCAUCUGUGGGAGGAAAGUUGGGAUGAUGAUGAUCAGAAUGAAGAUUUCAGCAAACAGUUAAAGGAAGAGUUGAAAAAGGUCGAGGCCACCAAAUAG